UAUUCACAAUUUAUCACACACACCUGAAACUUAAACCCAGAAACUGAAAAAAGUCCCCCCCUUUUUUCUUUUUUUAAAUUAUCAGUCCUAAAUUCGAGAAUCUUCUCUGUUCUCUCCCCUCCAAAUUCAAAACUUGUUUCACAUAUUUUCUCUCUCCUCUGCAGGGUUAGGGUUUCUUAUUUUUUGUCAAUUUUAGUUUGCAGAAACUACGAAUUAAAAGUACUGGAAAGAAAGAACACAAAAAUGCAGCAGCCAACUGCUUCGAUGAUGUCGGUUAUGCCCUCUUUUCCUCCAGCUAACAUCACUACCGAGCAGAUUCAAAAGUAUCUUGAUGAGAACAAAAAGUUGAUCCUGGCUAUAUUGGAUAACCAAAACCUCGGGAAGCUUGCCGAGUGUGCUCAAUAUCAAGCACAACUUCAGAAGAACUUGAUGUAUCUGGCUGCAAUUGCUGAUGCUCAGCCUCAGGUGACAGCAGUACCUGCCCAAGUGCCCCCUCAUCCUGCUAUGCAACAAGGAGCAUACUACAUGCAGCAGCAAGCUGCUGCAAUGGCUCAACAGCAAGGUGUUUUCCCUCCUAGGUUGCCCACACAAUUCACUAGUCCGCUUCAGAUGCAUGAGCAACAGCAUCAGCAACAACAUCAGGUACACCAACAACAGCAGCAGCAGCAGGCUAUCCCGGGCCAAAUGCAUUUUAGACCUGCAGGACCCAGUGACGGGAUGCAUCCCAUGCAAACUGAAGCAACACAUGGAGGUGGUAGCAGUGGUGGGCCACCUACGUCAGCCAAUCCAAGUGACACACGUGGGGGAAACAAACAAGAUGGCCCUGAGGCAGGGUCAACUGGUGACGGACAAGGAAGUUCUGCUGCAGGUGCAGGACAUGGCAGUGAAGGAGAACCGUCUUACCUAAAAGGUUCAGAAGAAGGAAAGUGAUGAUGCCUUUUCUGUGUAUAGGCAUGUGACUGUUGAUAAGUAGGGAUAUGUCUCUGUCAUACAGGAAGAAGAUGGUGGUGCUACGGCCUCAUCUUUGGUAAGCUUAAAAUAGGAAUGUGUACUUGAUUGUUUGUUUCUUAACUUAGUGAAAGUUAGCAGGAAGAUGUAGGGUUUCGGUUAUGUUGUGUUGUAGCAUGUUGGCUAAAAUUAAAAUUCAGCAUUAUUAAGUGUCCAAAUUAUGCCAA